GGCCUCCGCCCCGCGCGCCCCCCGCCCCGCACGCCGCCCGGGCCGCUCGGCUCGCCCCGCUCCGGCCGCCCCCGCUCGGCGUCCUUCCCCCGGGCCCUCGUCCCCCCAAUGUCUGACUCUGACUCCCGGACUGAGAAACGCAAGAAAAAAAGACCAAAUGGCAAAGCAACCGUCCGAUGUAAGUUCUGAGUGUGACCGGGAAGGUGGACAGUUGCAGCCUGCUGAGAGGCCCCCCCAGCUCAGGCCUGGGGCCCCUACCUCCCUACAGACAGAGCCGCCAGGUAAUCCCGAAGGCAGGCCGGAAGGCGACGGGGAAGGCGAAGGGGACCGCGGCCCCGACGGCAGCCCUCAGGGCCCGCUGGCCCCACCGGCCAGCCCUGGCCCUUUUGCUACCAGAUCCCCGCUUUUCAUCUUUGUGAGAAGAUCUUCCCUGCUGUCUCGAUCCUCCAGUGGGUAUUUCUCUUUUGACACAGACAGGAGCCCGGCACCCAUGAGUUGUGACAAAUCAACACAAACCCCAAGUCCUCCCUGCCAGGCCUUCAACCAUUAUCUCAGCGCAAUGGCUUCCAUGAGGCAGUCUCAGGAAGAGCCCGCAGAUUUGCGCCCAGAGAUAUGGAUUGCCCAGGAGUUACGGCGCAUUGGAGACGAGUUUAAUGCCUAUUACCCAAGGAGGGUAUUUUUGAAUGAUUACCAAGCAGCCGAAGACCAGCCCCAAAUGGUUAUCUUACGACUGUUGCGUUACAUCGUCCGCCUGGUGUGGAGAAUGCAUUGAUGGGGCGUCCCUCUGCGGGGCGAGCCUCGCGCAGACGCCCGGUCUCCCGCCUUCCUGGCCCCGCGCCACGCGCCCGGAAGACCUCGACACCAUGUCGGAUGUGGACUCGGGCCUCCCCGUGGGUGGACCCACGCAGGAUUUCCAUGGGAAGUUAGUUGUGAAUGUAAACGGAGGAGGACGCUUCUCUUUGUUAAUGUACCGAUCGUGGUUCUUUGGAGCAGGAUGGUGCACCGGAACGGUGUUUACAUGUUGGGGGGUUGGGGGUCCAUCUCUCAUAACAGUUGGUUUGUUUUCCAGAAGGAAGUGGAAACUUUGUGAACCAUUUUUGUACUAAUAUUUUAAGGACCUAUUGCCUUUUCUCAGAGGAUGGUGUUAGCCCUGCAGUGGAAACUGAGCCAGCUAAUUUAUAAAGCUGCCUUAGUUGAUUUUUAGAGAUUACUGUAAAGCAUUUUUAACCGGGGAGAGGCCUGCGCCUCCCUCCCUUCCCUGCCAUUGCCUCUUGGAGCUUUUUUUUUUUUUUAAACCAAAAGAGUUCUUAUGAAAUGAAUGAAUUAAAGGGGCAAAGGGUCUAUUGCUUUGUAAAUAUUUAAUUACCUACUUUACUUCAGUUGCCUUGGUGGUGAACCUUCCGGUUGUGUCUGCUCUGUGGGAGGCAGGCUCUGUCUGGGGUGUACACACUCGCAGGGAGGUGGAUUCCGUUCGCGCGAGAUCGGUCCCGCCCCGUGGCUCUGGCCCGGCCCGGUGGCCUUGCUUGGUUCCGGCACCUCUCGUGUCCUGCUCUGAGCAGCAGUGUCAGCCACUGGGAGCUGUCGGCCCUGCUGGUGGCGGGGUUUCUUACCGCAUCGAGUCCCAGGCGGUCCCCAUUCCCUGUGCCCUUGUGGAGAUUGACCCAAGCCACGGGCUGGUGGUGGCCAUUUUCCAGGCAGCCCAUCUGACCUGUGAAACCUGCACCUCCCCUCCUCCCUCCUCCUC